CACACACAGAGACACACACAGGGAGUCAUGGAGGAACCAGCAGCGGGCGGACGGACUCUCCCAGCCCGCGGAGGAGGACUGCGGCUCCUGGCCUCGCUGCUCACCCUGUGCGGACUCACCUGCGUGAGCAGCAACCAUGUGAUCGUCCCAGCAACAGUGAAUGCCGUGCUGGGGAAGAACAUCACACUGGGCUGCAGAAUAGAGGUGGGCUCCAACCUCAGUCUCACACAGAUCUCCUGGGAACGUCGUCUUCCGUCGGGCACCAUAACCCUGGCAGUGUACAACCCCAAGUAUGGAAUCUCGUUCUCUGACGAAUACAUCCAGCGCGUCUCCUUUGUUUCCCCUUCAAUACAAGAUGCGACCAUCACCCUUAGAGAAGUUGGCUUUGCAGAUUCCGGCUCCUACAUCUGCAAAGUGGCAACGUUUCCUCUGGGCAAUACACAAGCGUCAACCUUCGUCAAUGUGUUAGUGGAGCCAAAGGUGUACGUGUCUGCCGGCCCCACUGCUCUGCUGGACGGAGGCAACGAGUCGCUGGUGGCCACCUGCAUUGCGGAGCGCGGCCGCCCCCCCGCUGAGGUUUUCUGGGAGACGGAGCUGUACGGGCGCAGUGAGAAGCAAAGUCAGGACGAGCCCAACAGCACCACCACCACACAGGUGCACUACCUGUGGCAGCCGCAGAGCUACGCCCAGGGGAAGAUGCUCACCUGUGUGGUGCGCCACCCGACCCUACAAACAGAGUUCCGAAUCCCCUACAUGCUAAACGUACAGUUUGUUCCAGUGGUAUCAAUUACUGGACCUGACAAAAACUGGUUUGUGGGUCAAGAGAACGUGAAGUUCACCUGUGGUGCCAAAUCGAACCCCCCUGCCCGCCACUUCACAUGGAUCAGGUUGGAUGGAUUGAUGCCGGAUGGUGUUGAGAUCUCAAACAAUACCUUCGCUUUCACUCGUCCACUGGAGCGCAAUGACUCUGGCGUAUAUCGCUGUGAAGUGAUGAAUGACAUCGGGCUCCGCAGUCAGAAUGUAAACCUCUGGGUACAAGAUCCUCCCCCCACCACUGCAGCCCCCAGCACCACUGCAUCGCGUCUCCACGACACCUCUGGAGCCGGCACUGCUGCGGACCAGCAGAGAGCCCUGUUCACGUCCCCGACCCUGGCGUCCUUACCCGACAGCAGCCUGGGUACGAUCAUAGGCGGGGCAGUGGGCGGAGUUCUGUUCCUGAUCCUCCUGCUGAUCCUGGGUGGGGCAUGUUUCAUGCGCCAGCGCAGAACCUUCCGGGGCGACUACUACACCAAACAGUACCUGGGACCCUCGGACAUGCAGAAGGAGUCGCAGCUGGAUGUGCUGCAGCCACAUGAGCUGCAGGAGGUCUACGGGGACAAGUCCAGCAAGGGCAGCCAGGAGCUGAAACCCAAGCUGGGUGGAGACAUCAUUUACCCCGACUACACCCCUGAACGCAAGGACAGGGACGACUGGUCUGACAAGGGAGACGUCCACAGGGGCCUCAAGGAGGGAAACUACUACCCUGAUCACUACAACACCCAAAACAUGCAUCCCUGCGGGCCUCCCGUGCACAGCCCCACAGUGAACAACGGCUCCCCCUACAUACCGGAGGACUGCUUUGACAAUGGUACAGACAGCGACUAUGUGGCCCACAUGGACGGAUCGGUGAUCUCACGCCGGGAGUGGUACGUUUGAGCAAAGGAGCGAACAACAAACUGACAAUUGACUGAGGAUAAUCUAACACGGGACGGAGAAAAAGAUCAAAAGUUGUGUCAUUUCAGUUACAGGAUGAAUAAAGUGUCUCUGCUGAGUUUCACAUUCAAGCUCUUCUAUCAAUACUGCUCAGCCUUGAUUGUAACCACUUCACCUUAAGGGUGUGUUUGGAUUGUAUUACACUUUUGUAGCUUUUCACAGAUCUACAAAUACGCUGGACUGCGCAGUCUUCAGAGGCUUUGACAUUCAGAGAAGUUUGAACUGAUCUGACUGAGGUUUUGUAUUCUGCUUGUUUGUGUUGGCAUCAGAUCACUGGUCAGGUGUUCAAACCCUCGUUAUUGAAGUAUUUAUAUCCCUGACUGACCCAGCUCUGCUCCCAUAAAACCUCAUAACUUCUGAGGCAUUUCGAAAAGGGGUUCGUCGACAGCGUUUUCACACGGCUGAAAUGUUAAUGGCCGCAACCAGUAUUUACAGCAAAUUCUUUUGCAUGGUUUUUCUUUUUUCGAAAACAAACAUGUAUCAUCAAGCUAAAGGGAAAGUCACAUGAUUAAAAGGGAGAAUUACACGGGGCGUUGUACUGCGGGAAAAGAAAGAUGAGACAUUACCAAAAAAAACUCUGAGUACCUUCUGUAAAUGAUCCAUGAAGUGCUAACUGUGUCACCUGACAGAGAGAGAGGUCACUCCCAGUCAAAGUAACUUUACUUUCAAACAAACUCAUGUUGUUUUGAUGAACUGUUCUUUGAGAAAUGCAACUGUGAUCUGAUUUCAUUUCUCCACACACAAAAAAACAGGACAGAACAAAGUUGCCUUACGGAGAAAUGACUGAAAAUGCUGGAAAUUCCUCUUUUUUUUUCAUUUUGCUGACUCGAUGAAUAAUCACAGUUACUGCUAACACUUGUGUUUCCUGUGGCUGUUUCACAAUAAGAGCCACUUAGAGCCGAUGUUUGUGUGGCAGCAGCAGUAACUUAAAGCAGCUCCUUGUCUUUGUAGAGAGAAAACAGUAGCUGAUGUUUUUGAGUUGGGUUACAUUGAUGCAUUGUUUUUCUAUUGAUCACUUGUGUUUAGGUAGUGAAGCUGAAUUCAGCUGCAGCCUCCACCAACAAAUACGACUACAUAGAUGCUAACUGAAUGUAAACACAUUAAAUUGCUGCUGUAGAGAAAGUGUCGAGCAUAGAUAGUAGAUCAAAAAUCAAUGAAAAAGUAAUUAUAACAUUAAUCAAAUACUCUCAUCAGUAUUGACAUGUCCUCAUGCAGCCACUUUCUCGCAGUAAAAUAGCACAACUCUUAUUACACUUGUCAGCAAAGUUCAGAAGAAGCCGACUGGGCCUUGGCGUUCUCCACUUAUCCAUGAUAACAGGCUGCAUCUCUGUCUUCUCCAUUUUCCUCUCCUUCUUAUCCUCCGGGCUCUGACUGCAAAACUAACACCAAUUGGUCAUUAUAGCUUUUUAUUUAAGCAGGGGAUCAAAGCAAAGUGUUAUAAAUACCAGCUGGGACUACAGCAGCUGUCAUCAUCCAACAUUAUGUGGCUCCAUAAACCACCAACAGUUUCACUGCUGCCGCUCGACACGCCACAGCCGGGAUUCACGGGGGUAAAUAAGCAAAGAAUUGAAACUUAUUGAAGGAGAAAAAGAAAGACGAGACGCACACAAAGUCAGACUCUGGCAUUAGCUUGGAUGAGUUUGAAGUAUAUUCAAAUACAUUGGAAACAUUGAGAGGGUCUGACGUCACCGCUGAUCACAGAACAGGCUUAAUGUUGGGGUUUGGCUCCUCGGAGGAUGCACAGCAAUCAUGGAAACUAGAAACUCAAUCCACGAGCGAGAAAAAAAAAGUGCUUUAAGAAACCACCUAGGUUAGAGCUGCUGCUGCUGCAAUGGCCCCCUGAGGGAUUCCUCUGUAUUUUUUCUCCUUUUCCUUUACAAACAACCAUCCCCGGCCACAUCGAGCUGAAACAAAAGCGUUGACAUCAUCAGUGAUCUCAUCGCUCGCUGCGUGAUGCCACCUCUCACUUUUCCACUUUGGUCAUAUUCGAUUCCUCUCAGGAACGACACGCGGAUCAAAGCGGCCUCUGCUAAAUCCUCACAUGAAAGAGCAAACAUACCCGUUUUGGAAACAUCCCCGUUCAAUCAAUCAGGGUGUUCGUUUGAACCAUAUAUAUGUGUGUAAUAGCGAGA